GUGAGAGAGUAGCGGAUGUGACGUCAUAGAUAAGCACCCCUGUAACCGUGUAUCUUCCGCCUACCAUCAAUGCGAACACACUCUUUGGGGUUUCCCACAGCAUCAAAACCACUUCGGACUGUCACCGCGGGUUGAGCCGACGCUGCCCUGAGAGAUUUACCAGCUUUCCCAAUGAGUGACGGGGAGUGUGACUUCUUCUGUUUCUUCCGCUGCUGCUGAGUGCGCUUAUUACGCGCCUCAGGCAGACGUGAAGGCAGAGUGACCCUGAGGAGCGACACAAGCUGGUGGAGAGUUGGGCAGGGAGAAGUGAGAAGGUGGGGCUUUAAAACAAGCCAUUUCAGCCAACCAGGCCACUUAGAUCCGACAGGUGGGCGGGCUGUCUACCUGUUUGGGUGAUUGAUUCAGUCGACUGGAUGUCUGUGGACAUGAACAGCCAGGCGUCGGACAGCAAUGAGGAAGACUUUGGGGUGAACUCUGAAGAAGAGGAUGAUGAAGAUGAUGGAGGAGAUGAAGAGGACCAGAGUGAUAUUGCACGCUACUAUGAGGGUGUGGCCAGUGAUGUGGAACAACAGGGAGCUGACUCCUUCGACCCAGAGGAGUACCUAUUCACCUGUCUUACCUAUAAAGAGAGUCAAAGGGUGCUGAUAGAGGAGGUUAACACUGUGGCUGCUGCACUGAAGGUUUUGCCAGCUGUAGCAAAACUGAUCCUGGUGCAUUUACACUGGCAGGUUUCAAAAAUAGUAGACAGAUAUAAGUCCAACUCAUCUCUGCUGUUGGCAGAUGCUCUGGUCCAGCCCAGCAGCACCUGCAGAUCAGUCACUGCCCAUCAGUCCCUCCACUGUGGCGUGUGUCUACAGGUUGUACGGAGAGACUCUCUGUUGGCACUGCCAUGUCAGCACUCCUUCUGUAAAGCAUGCUGGGAGCAGCACUGCACUGUACUGGUCAAAGAUGGCAUGGGAGUGGGUAUCUCAUGUAUGGCUCAAGACUGUUCCCUGCAGAUGCCUGAAGACUUUGUCCUGCCACUGCUACCAGGAGAGGAGCUGAAGGACAAAUAUAGACGCUACCUCUUCAGAGACUACGUUGAGAGUCACUUCCAGUUGCAGUUGUGUCCGGGCGCAGACUGUCCCAUCGUCAUCAAGGUGCAGGAGCCUCGGGCACGCAGGGUGCAGUGUAGCCGCUGCAGUGAAGUCUUCUGUUUUAAAUGCCGUCAGAUGUACCAUGCACCAACAGACUGUGCAACAAUCCGAAAAUGGCUGACUAAAUGUGCCGACGAUUCCGAGACAGCCAACUACAUCAGCGCACACACUAAAGAUUGUCCUAAGUGCAACAUCUGCAUUGAGAAGAAUGGAGGCUGUAAUCACAUGCAAUGCUCCAAGUGCAAACACGACUUCUGCUGGAUGUGUCUCGGUGACUGGAAGACUCAUGGCAGUGAAUACUACGAGUGCAGCCGCUACAAAGAAAACCCUGAUAUAGUCAACCAAAGCCAGCAGGCUCAGGCUAGAGAGGCCCUCAAGAAAUACCUCUUCUACUUUGAGAGGUGGGAGAAUCACAACAAGUCUCUUCAGCUAGAGGCUCAGACGUACCAGAGAAUCCAGGAGAAAAUCCAAGAGAGAGUGAUGAACAACCUGGGAACCUGGAUUGACUGGCAGUAUCUGCAUAAUGCUGCAAAGCUACUGGCUAAGUGCCGCUACACACUGCAGUAUACGUAUCCAUAUGCCUACUACAUGGAGUCUGGCCCACGCAAAAAACUGUUCGAGUAUCAGCAGGCUCAGCUGGAAGCAGAGAUUGAAAACCUGUCAUGGAAGGUGGAGCGAGCUGACACCUACGAGAGAGGAGUGGUGGGAGGCGAGGGGGAGCUCAGCGCCAGUGACAGAGGGGAUUUGGAGAAUCAAAUGCACAUUGCUGAGCAGAGGCGACGCACGCUGCUGAAGGAUUUUCAUGACACCUGAGGCUCCAUCGUGACUGCGAAGCACCAGCAUCUCCUUCCUUCCUUCCUUUCCUCCCUUUCCUCUUUCCUUUUUUUCCUCCUUCCUCGCCCUCCCAACUUUUGCUUCUUUCCAUGACUAUAAUUUGGUGCAGUUGUACUCGCUCCUCCUUUUGCUUCUUUACACUUGCUCAUUUGCUCUCUUCUCUCCCUCCUGUUAUGCUGCAGGGUCACAAAAAGGCACGAUAGUAGCUUCCCUUCCUCCCGUCACCCUCAUCUGCACCUCGUUUUCAUGUUUUGUCCCCAGAGCAUCACAUUCAUCAUGGUUUCUUCACCAUUGGUUUUCAGUUCUGAUCGUAAAGGUCAAAAGAUUGCGUUUCUAAAACGGAGGGCUUGCUUUUGAUUCACAUAAGCAUUUAUUAUGAGCAGCUAAAACAUUGUCUGUUAAGAGAGUAUGAGUGAGCUGUUAUUCUCCAACAUUAUCCCUGUGAUGCUGGAAUAAUGAAUGAAGAGAGAAGCAAUUGGAGACAUAAAAAUGCGGAGUAUGCAGAAGCUUUUAGCGAAUGAAGUAUUGGGAAAGGGAAUUUAUUUUUUUCUUUAAAGAGACGGUGCUGAUUGCAGAUCUUUAGUGGUUUUAUAUAGACAAUAGUGACUAGCAGGCACUGUCAUACUUAAUCAAUCUGUCUGAACACAUACCAAACUAAUGUUCUGAACUUUCCAAACACAGGAAUUCCACUGCUCUCAUUCUGCUUUGAUUCAAACUUUUCAUCAGCUGACAGAUGCAACUCAGCAUGGCAGUGUAAAAUUCUCAGUAGACGUGACCAUGGUGUGUUUGUUGUGAAAAAUGGUCACCACAUUAUUAUUUUGAAAAACAAAAUCCAGUAUUUUCUUACAUAUGCUGUAUUGUCAUAUAUGCAACAUGUUAUAGACAAAGACGAAUGUGUGUUAACACGGCAAUUAUUUCAGAUUUUUGUCGCCACUGUUUCAUAAUAAGUACACCUUCCCCUUGGUAAAUAGCAGCUAGUCAUUGUUACCUACAUAAAACUACUGAAAUACUCAAAUUCUUGUCUCUUUAUAGUCUCAUACUGGUGCUUGAACUUGUUCAGCUAAUAGUAGUAGAUCAAAACUAGUGUGAGUCUCGAGUGUCUACAGAAACACCUCCUUUUGAUUAGAUGAUGAAGUUGUGUUGAAGCAGCAAGUGCAAGCUUAGUCUUUCACACACACUACAGCACCACCCACUGACACUGACGCAGCAUGCACAUAUCAACACGUGCGCAAACACUCCGCUGCAGAAAAAAACGUCACCUGUUUGUCUCCAUCCCCCCAUCUCAUGCUCUCCUCUCUUUCUUUACCUUAAUCCCUUUCACUUUAUUUUUGCUCUCUUCUCUCCUCUUUCUGCUCACGUUGUUCACAUUUUUCUUCUGGAAAAUGGUUGUUGAUAGAUAGAUCAUUUAAAAAAAAAAGAGAAAAAAAGGAAAAAAUAAUAAAAAAAUUGCUGUAAUUUUCAACGGUUGUACAUUAAUACAGAAAUAGAGUUACUGAAAGAGUUUUUAAAACCA